AUGGAUGGUGAUAUCGCUGAAUUAUACGCUAAACUUAACCUUACAGAGAAUGAAAGUGAGGCUAUUAAUCUGGAGGAUGUGGUGGAUGAGGACAUUGAACUAAAAGCUAGCCUGAGUUUAGUAGGCAAACUUUUAACGAAAAAACCAUAUAAUUUGAAUCAUAUGAAGAACGCACUUACAAGUGCAUGGAGGUUAGCGAAGGGAUUCAAUAUGAAGGAGAUAGGUGAUAAUCUCUUCGCAUGUGAAUUCAAUUCUAAAUCAGAUAGGAUUCGCAUCCUAAACGAAGCUCCAUGGCAUUUUGAUAAACAAGUUAUUAUCUUUGAACCUUUGUCAGGUAAUUUGCAGCCUGGUGUUGUUGGUUUGGAAGUAAGUCCUUUUUGGAUGCGUAUCUAUAAUCUUCCCCUUAACUGCAGAGGUAAAGCUGCAGUCACGAAAAUUGCUGGAAAAGUGGGAAGAAUCAUUGAAUGCAGUGAUGAUGAGAUGGGUACAUGGGAAAGAUUCAGUAGAGUACGGGUUAUGGUUGAUGUGACAAAGCCCAUAGUUAGAGGCACAAAGAUUAUAAACCCUCUUGGAGAAAGUUGUUGGGUUGCCAUUAAGUAUGAAAAAAUUCAAAAUUUCUGUUACUGGUGUGGUCAUCUUGAUCAUACAGUUGCUGAUUGUGAAACCAAGCCUGAAGAGAUGGAGGUGGAGGAGUGGCCAUAUGGUCCAGUACUAUGA